GCCUUCCCGACUUUCUCACACUCGCUGCCUCGUCCAUAGCACAACCUCUUGCUGAGCAUUCUACGCGCAUUCCAUAGGCCAUCUCAACGAAGCCCUUCGCCCCCAACCUCGCUCCUCCAACAUUCUCUGACCGCGAUACUGUUCGCCGGACACACACCACUCCGCCAACAUGGGUGGUGAUCUCAAUACCAAGAAAUCGUGGCACCCCCAUCUGCGCAAGAACCAAGAAAAAGUAUGGAAGGAGGAGCAAAAUGCUCUCGAAGAGCGUAAGCUCAUCGAGAAACUGCGAAAGGAGCGCGAGGAGGAGCGCCAAAUCGAAGAACUGCAGAAGCUGGCAGAGGCAAAUGGGGGCAAGGUCGCAACGAAGCGUGUCGACUGGAUGUACGCCGGGCCAAGCGGCGACGGCGCAGGCGUGACAGAAGAGCGCGAGGGCUACCUGCUUGGGAAGCGCAGGAUCGACGCGCUCCUCAAAGGCAACGAUUCACAAGCCUUGCAGAAAGGCGCUGCUGUCGGCAUCGAUGCGGUCGGCAACACAAACGCAAACUCGACGCGCGACACGCAGAAGAAGGUGCUGCAGGACCCGCUGCUCGUGAUUCAGAAGCAAAAGAUGGAGAUGCAGCUCAAGGCUAUGAAGGAUGCGCAGAAGCAGAAACAUUACGAAGAGAAGCGAGCAAAGGAGAAGGAGCGCGAAAAGAAGCACAAGCACAGCCGUCGCGAGCGGUCGCGGUCGGCAGAUGAUCGCGAUGGCCGGGAUAGUAGGCGGCGGCAUCACCGUCGUGACCAAUCACACUCUGCAUCUGACGACCGGGACGACCGAGAGAGGCGGCAUCGCAGGCACCGACGGGACGACAAAGACGAGCACCGCCGACGGUCACAGAGGCGGUAUCGUUCGCGCUCGAGGUCACCCUACCGCAAGAGCCACCGCGACGACCGUAAUCGUGAUAGUGAGCGCAGGAAAGAUCGAUCGCCCCCGCCCCGGGAGAAGCCAGAGGAGAACGGACAUCGCGAACGCGACAGCUAUCGCCGGCGUGGUCCUCCGCCGCCCAGGGAAAACGGGCAUCAACAGCGACCGAGGGAGUCAACACCACCACCCAAACCAGACAUGGCCGCGCGCCUGGCUGAGAUGCAGGCUAUGGCAUCAUCACUCGAAGAGCAGCGUCAAGAGCGCGUCAAGUUGCAAGAAGCUGAAGAAGCUGCUGCGGAGGAGAAGCACAAGCAUAACAGAGACGGUCAGCAUCGCUUCAUAUCUGGUUUCCGGAGCAAGGCCGCCGAGGCAACAGAUCUCGGCGAUGCUAUUUCUCGUGGCAGGCAAGGUGCCAGGGGUUCCAUAGACACCUAA